GCCGUUCCCGCGCCCGGCUCCGCGCGCUCCCGGGGCCGGUUCCGCGUUUCCCUCGGGUCGCCUGCCUAGCGGCGCUGGCGAUGGGGAUGCCGGCGCGGCGCGCGCGGCCCGUGCGGGUGCUGGUGGACAUGGACUGCGUGCUGGCGGACUUCGAGGCCGGCCUGCUGCGGGGCUUCCUCCAACGGUUCCCCGGGGAGCCGCACGUGCCGCUGGAGGAGCGCCGCGGCUUCUCCGCGCGCGAGCAGUACCGGGCGCUGCGCCCCGACCUGGCGGACAAAGUGACCACUGUGUUUGAAGCCCCAGGCUUUUUCCUAGGCUUGGAGCCCAUCCCUGGAGCCUUGGAAGCCAUGCGGGAGAUGAAUGACAUGCAAGACACCCAGGUCUUCAUCUGCACCAGUCCUCUGAUGAAGUACGACCACUGUGUGACCGAGAAGUACCGCUGGGUGGAGAAGCACCUGGGACCCCAGUUUGUGGAGCGCAUUAUCGUGACGAGGGACAAGACCGUGAUCUCAGGGGACCUACUCAUUGAUGACAAGGAGGUCAUUCAAGGCCAAGAGGAGACCCCCAGCUGGGAGCACAUCUUGUUCACCUGCUGCCACAACCAGCACCUGGCCCUGCCCCCACCUCAGAGACGGCUGCACUCCUGGAGCGACAACUGGAGGGAGAUUAUAGACAGCAAGCGGGGAGCCCUGCCGCUGGACCCCGACCGCCUGGGGCUGCCCCAGCAAUGAGGCCGCCAACAGCGGCUGGAGGAGGGCGAGGCAGACAGACAGGGAAGUCUGGCAGAACCGAGUCCCUGCGCAGCGCCACGCCGGCCGCCUGGAACCUCCCAGGACAGCCGGCGAACAGGCACCUUUUAAAUAAAACGCUUCGGCUCACUGCUC